AUGGCUUCUCACAGAAUCAGUCGGUGGACAGACAACACGACCUUGCAGUUACCCACAGCAAUCACAGCGCCCAUGACGAGCCAGCAGCUCGACGCGUAUGUGAUGCACGUACGUAUCGAGGAGCUCACUCAGAAACUACGCAUGAACGAUGUUGUUACGGCUAACCGAGGUCGCAGGUCACCAUCCUCAGAGCCAACAUAUGACGCCUCGGGUCGCCGCACGAACACGCGUCAGCAGCGCCAGCGUCAGCGCCUCGAAGAUGAAGGUCACGUACUGAUCCGAACAGCGAUCAAAGCCAUCCCGAACUACCGCGCUCCCGCACGAUAUGUUUCGCAGUCGACGUUCAAAGAGAAGAUCUAUAUUCCCGUGAAGGACUUUCCCGAAAAGCUAGAUACCGCUAAAGAGUUGCUGCAGGACGUUAUCGAGACCAUCAUUGCUGCACCCAAGGCUAACGAUCGAAAGCGACAGCAACUGCGAGAUUUGGCCGUCGUUAAUGGCACGUUUCGCGAUGACGAGGGCCGCAUCGAGGAACGCGAGGUUGCUGGCAUCGCGGCGCACGACUUUACCCCUCCUUUCUAG